AUGACUGUGUGCGCACGGAUCGCCUGAUACGCACGGAUCAGGUACAUUUGCGUGAGGGGGGGGUUCGGGAGACACAUUUCCACGGGGGAGCAGACUUCGACACAACACCUGUUGUGCGCAGACAAGAGAACGCAAAGGUGGGAUGUCCCGGUGGCUCGUCUUCUGAAGAUUUAUUGAAACAACACACCGCUGGAUAUUGACUGAAACCAUAUUCUGUGCCCUGCCCAAAGUACCAUGUACAUGUAGACACCAGUCACAGGCUCAUCAGGACCAUUCACUAUAAAGAAUGACUCGGAGUGAUUAUUAAUGCAAGGACUGAUCAGUUUAUUGGAUAAUGUACCUGGGAGCUGCAAACAAUAACCACUCUGACACCACACUGGCCUUCUUCUGUCAGGCUGUUGAGGAAUGUGCGUAUCAACUGACUAAGAUCAUGGUGGAGAGAACGGUGGAGAGGCCCUGAUGAUGGAAGCUUUACUGCAGGCGAAAGUGUGCACAACCAAAGUCACCUGCAGCUGACGCACCACCAACCAUCAGGCAGAAUGUCGUAUGGGUCCAUUGAUGGAGGUUCUUUUGGCAGUCGCAACCCAUUUGGAGGUCCCACGAGGCAGGGCUACCAACCAGUAGCCACACAGGUCAGCCCCUCAGAACUGCAAGAUGUGUUUCAGGAGACCUCCUCCAGUAUCUUCCAGAUCAACUCCAACGUUGUCACACUAGAGAAGAAUCUUCAAUCACUGGGAACAUCAAGAGAUACAGCAGAGCUACGACAGAGUCUACACUCCAUGCAGCAGCAAACCAAUAAAGUCAUCACCAGCACAAGCCAACUCAUCAAACAGCUCUCUGAUAUAAUCAGCGGCUCUUCACGGCAAGACCGUCUGCGCCUGACCAGACUAAAGACUGAACUCUCAGAGUCUGUGCAGCGCUAUGGGGAUCUGCAGAAGAAAAUUGCAGAGCGCUCAAGGGCCUUGCUCCCUCCAGCACAGAAAGACAAGAGGAAGAGUCCCCAGACCCCGUCCACUGAGCAGGUCGAGGAGGGCCCACUGUUUGGAGAAGCAGUAGCCUCAGAGGGAGGAGCUCAGGCUUUCCUGUCUGAGAUCAGUGAGGAGGACGUGGAAGUGCUUCGCCAAAGAGAGGAGGCACUGCUGCAGAUCGAAUCACACACAAUAACAACAGCGGCAGGAUUGACAGGACGCAUCAGAGGACCAGCAGAGGAAGUCGCCGCGCGCAGGGACGUGAGGCCGUGCACUGCCCCCUGGAGCUGCUGCAGAUUCAGGGUGUAUCAGUCAAAAUGAUGUCCUUCUGCUUUUUCUUGCCAGUUUCCCUUGAUUUUGAUGAAAAACAUGACAUGCUAAUGGAAAAAAUAUGACAAAAAUUCAGCUGAACUUUCACAAACGCUGCAUUCAUUUUGCAUGCAAAAUGGGAAAACCUCCCGUUAUUCUGAACUGGGAGCAUUCAUGCAUUGUUCCGAGAUGGUUUUCCUUGUUGCUAGCCUUGAACAUGAACAUGAAUGAAUACUAAAUGAUCUGCUUUUUUUCAUGUUACAUAUUUGUAAUGAUUUGUUAAUAAGUGAAACCAGACACAAACUGUGUACAGCUCGUUUUAAAUCAGCUGGAUCAGUUGUAUUUGUGUCAACAUUUUAUUUGUAUAUAAUUGUGAUCAUUUCACAAGCUAAAAUACUAUUGAAUUUACACACUCUAUCUGCUCUUCAGCUGUGGGACAGGAAGCAAUCUCCUGUAUAAUUAUGAAAGAGCCACGGUAACAUCCAACCAUGGUAACGUGUGAGUGUGAGAAUUUUCUCUGAUACAUAAUACAGUGAAAAAUAGUUAAACAGUGAGUGAAAUGUAAUGGCCACACUGUAACUAUCCCCCCAUAACAUUACUGUGCAAAUGAUGCUACAUUAUGAUCUUUCUGAACACCAGAAAAAUCAUAAAGAUUAAAAAAAAUAUACCCAGCAGUAAGUAAUUGCGCUUGGCUCCAUCUUUACCAGCUGCAUCAUUAUAGUGAUGUACACAUUAAAGGUCCAGUGUGUAACAUUUAGGAGGAGCUAUUGGCAGAAAUGGAAUAUAAUAUUUAUAAGUAUGUUUUUUU